AUGUCAUGUGGUAGACCAAAUGGUUUUGUUGAACUUGAAGAACUAGUUCAUCGUGAUGGAGCGAGGGAUGAAUGGGAGGAAACAGCACGAUGGAUUACACUUGAAGAAACAGUAGAAUCAGAUCGCUGGAGUAAACCACACGUGCCAUGUUUAUCGCUUCAGGGUCUACAGAAUGUUCGAGAUAUUCUCGAAACAUGUCCGAUAGUAACAGACCUCGCCGAAACAGAAAUGACAGCAAUCGUGGAAGCAUUAGUAAACGAAAUGGUGCGCUGCGGAACACUGGAGGCUAAUCUUCGGGACUCUGUUGUCAGUUUACUGUUGUUGAAUCAUCGUCAUAAGAACCAAACUAAAGCUUCUCCACUCUCACGUCGUCUUACCCGACAUUUCAGUAUUGAUGUUCCUGAAGAGGACAAAGAUCCGGUAACUGUAGACGAAGAUCCCGUCACCUUUUCUGGCUUCUC